AUGUCAUUCCUUUGGCGACUAGCCUUCUGGGCCAUCACCAUCGGCUCCGUCCUGGCGCAGACCUUCACCGACUGCGAUCCUCUCAAGAAAGACUGCCCGGCGGCGCCGGCUCUCGGCACCAACCACACAUGGACAUUCAAUCAGACCCUGGAUGAUACGAUCUGGAACGUCACUAAUGGUCGUAUCUACAACACCGAGGAUGGCGCCGAAUUCACCAUCAAAACGAAAAUGCAGUCCCCUACGCUCCAAUCGAACUUCCACAUCUUCUUCGGUAUUGUCGAGUCGCACGUGAAAAUGGCCAAAGGAAACGGGAUCAUCAGCAGCGUGGUCAUUCAAUCUGCCGACCGCGACGAGAUCGAUUGGGAAUGGAUCGGUUCCAACACCGGCGAGGUGCAGUCCAACUACUUUGGCAAGGGUAACGAUUCCUCGUUCGACCGCGGUGGGAAACACAGCGUGGCCAAUGCCGACUCCGAGUUCCACAAUUACACGACCUUCUGGAGCAAGGAGAAGCUCGAAUGGUGGAUUGAUGGCGGUCUCGUACGCUCGUUGAAAUAUGAGGACGCCUUGGGUGGCAAAAACUUCCCGCAAACUCCUAGUAAUGUUCGAUACGGCAUCUGGCCGGCCGGUGACUCCGGUAAUAAGAAAGGAACCAUCGAGUGGGCAGGCGGUGAGGUCGACUACAAUGCUGGCCCGUACACAAUGGUGGUGCAGAAAGUCCGCGUCCAUGACUUUCAUACAGGCAAGGAGUAUGAAUACACUGACCACUCCGGCUCAUGGGAAAGUAUCAAGGUUGUCGAGGGUAAUUCAACCGCUGUCGAACAGAUUAACAAGCCACCGCCGAAGUCAAUGUCGGAGAAGUGGGCCGAACUGCCCACUGCCGCCAAGGUUGGAAUCUACUGCGGAGCUGCAGCCGGCGGAGUCAUUCUCAUCGUUGGUUUCAUCUUCUUUUUCUUGCGGCAGCGCAAGAGGGGUCGUCUCGAGCAUGCGCUCCAUGACGCCAAAUGGAGCACGGAUCGGACCGAGAUGAACAAUUUCCAAUUGGACUGGAAACAAAGCGAAUGGAAGCAUAGGGGAUACAAACCGGUAGCGUAG